AUGGCUACAUCGUGUUUUAAACCGUUUCGACUGCGAACAUUGAAGAGUAAAACACCUUCAACAUUAAUCCCUUCCACUUAUAGAAACAACAAAUUAAUAUCUGAAAGCAACAAUAUGGAGAGGAAAAGAUUUGAAAGUUUGGAAUCGUGGUCAACGAUAUUGGAUUCGGAAAAUUUCGAAACUUGGGAAGAAUCUGAGGAUCAUGAAGAAUGGGCUGUUGAUCUUCCUCAGUUAUUUGUAGGUAAUAAAUUUGCAUCUGGAGCACACAGUAGAAUCUAUGGAGGGAUUUAUAAGCAGAGAGCAGCUGCUGUAAAAAUGGUGAGGAUUCCAACUCAUAAGGAAGAGAAUAAAGCUUUGCUUGAACAUCAAUUCGAGUCUGAAGUUGCCCUUCUUUCACGUUUAUAUCAUCCCAACAUCGUGCAGUUCCUUGAUGCGUGUAAGAAGCCUCCAGUGUACUGUAUUGUCACCGAGUACAUGUCACGAGGGAAUUUAAGGAUGUAUCUUAACAAGAAAGAGCCAUACUCGCUUUCAAUCGAGACUAUUCUGAGGUUAGCCCUUGAUAUUUCACGAGGAAUGGAGUAUCUUCAUUCACAAGGGGUGAUACAUAAAGACCUCAAAUCGAACAACUUGCUCUUAAAUGACGAGAUGCGUGUUAAGGUUGCAGAUUUUGGUACUUCUUGUCUCAAAACACAGUGCAAGAAAACCAAAGGAAAUAAAGGAACUUACCGGUGGAUGGCACCCGAGAUGAUCAAAGAGAAACCGUACACCCAGAAAGUCGAUGUCUAUAGUUUUGGGAUCGUGCUAUGGGAACUCAUGACGGCCUUGCUUCCUUUUCAAGGAAUGACUCCAGUGCAAGCUGCAUUUGCUGUGGUUGAUAAGAACGAGCGACCUCCAUUGCCAGCCAAUUGUCAACCUGCGCUUGCACACCUUAUAAAGAGCUGCUGGGCAGCAAAUCCCUCAAAGCGGCCAGAUUUUAGCGACAUCGUGUCUGCACUAGAAAAAUACAAUGAGUGUGUCAAGGAAGGACUCCCGCUUACUCUUCAUUCGGGGUUAGUCACCCGAAAUGCCAUUCUUGAACGCUUAAAAGAUUGGAACUUAUCCGAUAAGGAAUUUCGCUAUCUUAAGACCCUCGUAGUCAGGGCCGCCAUUUACCAAGUUUGCAGCAGCGAUCUCACAGUAGCGACGUCAGGACGCUGCUGCAGUUCGCGGCAGAGUCGCGACGCCGCCGCUGUUCGCGAACGAUAG